UACGGGACCGGAGACAGGAGAAGGAAGCCCAGGCCAGCGUCCCGACAAGCCACAUGGGUAAAUACUUCUGCGACUACUGCCAGUCGUACUUGACGCACGACUCGCUGAGCGUGCGGAAGAACCACUUGCACGGAAAACACCACUUGAGACUCUACAACGAAUACUACGAGAAAGUCGCCAACGAACAUCCCGAGUACGACAGAAAGAACACAGACGCGUCUGUGGGCAACCCGCUGCUGUCGGAGAUGUACAAGGGCAUCCCGGGGCUGACAAACAAGUACGCUGACCAGCACCAGCGGGACAGCGGAGCGAAGCCCGCAUUCAAGCUAUACGUUCCGAGCACCAGUGUCGGACUUCCGAAUCCUCCGCCGAACGUGCUCUUUGUGAACUACUCGAACUACGUGCAGAAGAGCCGGGUGACCAAGCCGUACUACAGCAACGGGAACAGCAAUGGCUACGGCCACGGCCACGACCGUGGCCAUGGCUUUGGGGGGUUCAACCGUGGCGGGAACAGGGGUUUCCGGCCACGCGACAGGGAGGCCUCGCCACGGACGACGGCUGGCACGAGCGGACGUGGGAGCACCGACCACCGCCAGACACACAGACGCCCUGCCCCAGCUGCUGCCUCGGGCACAGACUUGGGCCACCGCAACCCGAGCUCGUCAGCGCCAGUGAGGACUGGCCCGCACAACGGUUACGGCUACGGAUACGGCUAUGACUCGAAGGACCGGCCAUCGAGGCCCGCCGGAGGCCAGGGGUACGCCCAGGCCAGGCACGGACAAGGAGACGUCUCCCAGCAGCAGCAGCCUCCGCAGCGCAACCGCCAGAGCUACCAGCAGCGCUACAAGCAGGGAUACCAGCGGUACCCGGGCCAGCAGGACCGUUCCCGAGACUACUACUAGGUUUAGCACGAGUCCCAGCCCCCCCCCC